AUGUCGCCAAGCGACCUAGCACAGCAUACCUUAUGGUGGCAGGGGCCCUCAUGGCUCUCAGGUGAUAUGGUUCGAUGGAGAGAAGCGCUUGUGAUAGAGCAGGAUCUACCAGAGCAGAGGAGCAAGGCUCAUGCUAUGAUGAUUCCUCCGACAAAAGAAGAGACAGAGUUCUUGGUAAGAUACUCCUCGCUAAACAGGCUGUUGAGAAUCUCAGCGUGGUGUCUCCGGUGGCGACCACGGCAAGGUGUCAAGAGAUCCGGGGAGUCUGACAGCAGAGGAGGUGGACCUGGCACUCGUGGCAUGGAUCCAAACAGUGCAGGAUGCCACCUACAAGGAAGAAAUUCAAGCAGUACGGAAGGACAAACUUCUAAUAACAAGAGCUCACUUGUCAAAUUGCAUCCCUUCAUGGAUCAUCAGCAGGGUAUCCUCCGAGUUGGAGGUCGCAUCAAGCAUUCACUGUUGGCAUUUGAUGAGAAACAUCCUAUCCUUCUGCCGAAGAACUCAAUACUGACAAGACUCCUAGUUGACUCUUGUCAUUCAAGGACGCUACACGGAGGUGUGCAACAAACGCUUGCUCUGCUGAGACAGAGAUUCUGGGUACCUGGCGGACGAGUUCUAGUAAAAAGCCACAUUCAUCGUUGUCGACGAUGUAUACGAUGGAGGGCGGCUACGCCACAGCAAAUCAUGGGCGAUCUUCCGGAACCUCGCGUAACGCCUUCACGCCCGUUUCAACACACAGGGGUGGAUUACGCUGGUCCUGUGAUGCUACGGACCUUCCGAGAUCGAGGUCACAAAGCACACAAGGCCUAUAUCGCGGUCUUCGUGUGUCUUAGCACCAAGGCCGCUCAUCUGGAGAUUGUUUCAGACUACACAACGGAAGCCUUCCUGGCCGCUCUGCGUCGAUUCAUCUCUCGACGAGGAGUGUGCCAGGUGAUCUACUCUGACUGCGGUACUAACUUCGUGGGCGCUAACGUCGCUCUUCAUAGUAUGUUCCAGGCAAGCAGCAUGGAGACGCGGCGGGUCAGUCAGGUCAUGACAGAGGAACGCAUACAGUGGCGGUUCAACCCACCUGCAGCGCCGCACUUUGGAGGACUGUGGGAGGCUGCGGUUAAAUCACUCAAGCACCACCUUAGGCACUCGCCAAGUGAUUGGAGACACAACACUUACAUUUGA